AUGUCUCUCGGCACCGAUCGUCCCGACUUCAGCUCACCUUCAGCUCAGCCAUUGACCACUCCACGUUCGCAAUGUAGUCCAUCGAUGUCACAUACAAUGCUCACUCACAAAGACCCUCGUAGCCCACUCAGCGCUUCCUUUACCACAACUCGCAUCAACAAGACCACAUUCGUAGUCGAAGAGGACGAUGCCUUUGGCGAACACCCCCUCAUCUAUGUAAAGCUCCACCCAACACUUCCUCUGCUCAUAACCUCGGAUACAGGCGGUGAUGAGCCUAGCGAGCGCAACAAGCACGCCGCUUGCAUUCACCUGCGAGAGUAUCUCGAGAAGUACCCUGUGCCAUGCAACAAUAAUUCUCCGCUCAACCCGGGAGGCGCCAGGAAGUACAUCAUAAUCGUUACACAUUGCCACUAUGACCAUCUCGGAGGCGUCUCGCAGUUCCUCCAAGGCGGCACAACCGAGAUCAUCGCCUGCGCCGCCGGACGAGACUUCAUCGAGUCAGAUGUGGAAACCCACGGCCUCUUCAGAUUCGUCGACAAAGUAACUCCUUACUUCAACGUAACGCACUGGGCACAGUCGUUCGAGAAGCUGAAGUAUCCCAUCCCCCACGAAGAUGAUGACAAACUCGAUGAAAAGACUACCGACCUCGGCAUAACAAUCCUCCACACACCAGGCCACACUCCCGACGAACUCGCCUGGUACGACCACGCCGAAAUGCACCUCUACGUCGGCGACAGCUUCCACGAAGAACUCGGCAACGAACGCAUGCCUAUCGUCUGGCCGAGCGAGGGUAACAUGAUUGAAUGGGCGUUCUCCAUGCAGAAGCUGAAGACGUUCAUCAAGGCUGAGAAUUCCCAUGCCGAAAGGCCUACUUCGAGUGGUAGCGAUUCGGGCUUUGAGAAAGUGGCGAGGCGAGUGAAGGUUGGCUGUGGACAUCAGACGCAUUCGGCUGAUGCGGAAGAGCUGAUGGAGAGGCUGGAACGAUUGUGGUGGAAGGUGUUGACGGGAGAGGUGCCGGCGGGCAAGAAGGAGGUUUGGAGGAACGAUGCGACGUUUACGUGGAGAGAGGAGAAUGUCGUAUCUGGAAUGUCGUUUCGUGGCCCGGCGCGGUUGGUCGACGAGGCGAGGAAAUUCUUCUUGAACGGCGAGAGGAGCAACGGAGAGCACAGCGCUGGAUUUGUGUAG